AUGGCCCACUCGAACAAGCUCAUGCAAUUCUGUGAGUCUACCUUGGUGCAGCUUGCCAUGAUAAAAGGUAUCCCUGAGCACUGUCGCCGCCAAAUUUCCCACCAACAGCCAGCCCUCCAUACAAGCGUGACAAGCUGGGAUUUACGACGGAUGGACAUUUAUUCGGUCCCAUGGAACUUCCUAAUCAUCAGCAUUGGAUGA